AUGGCUCCAAGUUUGACUAAAGCUGCCAACGGCGACACUAACCUCGACGACCGCUCUAAGCCCUCGUCAUGUCCUUUCACGCUCGAGAAGUCCAACUUCAAGGCAAACGGCCAUGUCAUUCUCUCCGACGUGCCGGAAAACAUAACACUCAUCCCAUCACCCUACAGCACUACCGGCUGCUUCUUGGGCUUUGAUGUCGCCGAGCCCAGCAGCCGCCACGUGGUCCCGGUUGGCCAACUGAAGGACAUCCGCUUCAUGAGCAUCUUCAGGUUCAAAGUCUGGUGGACUACCCACUGGGUCGGAUCCAACGGCCGGGACCUAGAGAACGAGACCCAGAUCGUCAUCCUCGAAAGCUCCGACUCCGGUAGGCCCUACGUCGUCGUUCUCCCCCUUCUAGAAGGCUCAUUCCGCGCCUGCAUCCAGCCCGGCAACGCCGACUUUCUCGACAUCUGCGUCGAGAGUGGGUCCACCCGAGAAGUCUCCAAGGCCUUCCAGAGCGUGCUCUAUUUGCACGCCGGUGAUGAUCCGUUUGCCCUCGUCAAAGAGGCGGUCAAAGUGGCGAGGGACCAUUUGGGAACUUUCCAACUUUUGGAGGACAAGACCCCACCUGGGAUCGUGGACAAGUUCGGUUGGUGCACGUGGGACGCAUUCUAUCUUACUGUACACCCUCACGGCGUCAUAGACGGUGUGAGGAAGCUGGUGGAAGGUGGGUGUCCACCCGGGCUCGUGUUGCUCGACGAUGGGUGGCAGUCCAUUGGUCACGAUUCUGAUCCCAUCACCAAAGAAGGCAUGAACCAAGCGGUUGCCGGCGAGCAAAUGCCGUGCAGGCUCCUGAAGUUUGAAGAAAAUUACAAGUUCAGGGACUACGUGAGUCCCAAUGGGGGUGCCUCUGGUAAAGGCAUGGGUGCCUUUAUCAAGGACCUCAAGGAGGAGUUCAAGAGCGUUGAUUACGUGUACGUGUGGCAUGCGCUGUGUGGGUACUGGGGCGGGGUCAGGCCCAAUGUUCCCGGCAUGCCCGACGCUGUGGUGGUGGAGCCCACAUUGUCUCCGGGCCUACAGAAGACAAUGGAAGAUCUGGCCGUGGAUAAGAUCGUGGCCACUGGUGUGGGGCUGGUCCCACCCGAGGUCGUCGAUCAGAUGUACGAAGGGCUCCACUCGCACUUGAAGUCCGUUGGGAUCGACGGCGUCAAGGUGGACGUAAUCCACUUGCUGGAAAUGCUUUGUGAGAAUUAUGGCGGGAGGGUGAAGCUGGCGAAGGCAUAUUUCGAUGCUCUUUCAUCUUCAGUGAGGAAGCACUUCAAUGGCAACGGGGUCAUUGCCAGCAUGGAGCACUGCAACGACUUCAUGUUCCUUGGAACCGAAGCCAUCACUCUUGGUCGUGUUGGUGAUGAUUUCUGGUGCACCGAUCCAUCUGGUGACCCCAACGGUACGUUUUGGCUUCAAGGGUGUCACAUGGUGCACUGUGCUUACAACAGCUUGUGGAUGGGCAAUUUUAUUCACCCGGAUUGGGAUAUGUUCCAAUCGACCCACCCCUGCGCUGCCUUCCACGCCGCCUCUAGGGCCAUCUCCGGUGGCCCUAUUUAUGUUAGCGAUGCCGUUGGAAAGCACAACUUUGAUGUGCUUAGGACCUUGGUGUUGCCCGAUGGCUCAAUUCUCCGGUGCGAGUACUAUGCACUACCAACUCGUGAUUGUCUCUUUGAGGACCCUCUCCAUGAUGGCAACACCAUGCUCAAAAUAUGGAACCUCAAUAAGUUCAGUGGAGUUCUUGGGGCAUUCAACUGCCAAGGAGGAGGGUGGAGCCGCGAAACCCGGCGCAACCAAUGUGCUGCUAAAUUCUCCCACAGGCUGACCGCCAAGCUCAAUCCGAAGGACAUCCAGUGGAAGAGUGGCAAGAGCCCAAUUUCCAUUGAAGGAGUGCAAGAGUUUGCCUUGUACUAUCACCAAGCCAAGAAGCUUGUCCUGUCCAAGCCCAACGAGGAUGUUGAACUGUCACUGGACCCCUUCAACUUUGAGCUCAUUUUUGUCUCCCCGGUGACUGUUUUGGAUGCUAAAAAGUCUGUCCAAUUCGCCCCCAUUGGCUUAGUGAACAUGCUCAACACCGGCGGUGCCAUCCAGUCCUUUGUUUUCAAUGAGGACGAGAGCUGUGUUCAAGUUGGAGUUAAGGGGACUGGAGAGCUCAGGGUCUUUGCUUCUGAGAAACCAACAAGUUGCAGGAUUGAGGGCAACGACGUUGCUUUUGAGUACGAGCAGAGCAUGGUCAUAAUCCAAGUGCCAUGGCCUGCUUCUUCCACCUCAUCUACCGUGGAGUACAAAUUCUAA